AUGGACCACCAAUAUUGCCUCCCACUCGAAAGAGAUUAUUUCCCUACUAGGGUUAUUGACGUCGAUCAGGCUGAGGUCGGUUUCGUCCAUCUUCGCGACAGAGACGAGGCCAAGGCCCAACACGAUGACGAAGAGGGCGAAAGGUCUCAGAAUCGGGGAGCCCAUCCCUCCUAUUGGACCCUAUCUCAUCGCUGGGGUGAUCCAAAACUGAUUCCACAACUGUUGCAGACCACGGAGCAUCAGUUCCGGGACGGCAUACCCAUGAACAAUUUGUCACCGACUUUCCGUGACGCAGCCCUACUCGUCCACCGUCUGGGUUAUAGAUACAUAUGGAUCGAUUCUUUAUGUAUCUUUCAAGACUCUCUUAGCGAAUGGCAGCAAGAGGCCAAGGCAAUGGUUGAUGUGUAUCGACAUUCAUUGUGCAACAUCUCGGCCAUCGCUGCGUCAUCUGAUCCCGGGAGAAGCAGGCUUUUUGUCAAGAGAAGACUCCAACCAAGGCUCCUAUUCCCCUUCAAGUUGAACAAGAAGCUUCAGGGGCGCAGGGAAGAAGUGAAUGACGAACCAUGGAUUUUCUGGAAUGAUUCCCUCUGGGCUGACGAGAUCGAAAGUGCUCCCCUGAGCACACGCGGCUGGGUUGUACAGGAGCGAUUCUUGGCCCCUCGCAUUCUUCACUUCACGGAGAAUCAGAUCUACUGGGAGUGCCUGGAGAGCAAGUGCUGCGAGGUGGAUCCCACUGGGGAGCUCCUCAUCCUCGCUGAGGCGAGAGGUUCACGCGAGAUUGUCCCGACAGUUUACAAGAAAGCGAGGCUAGAACUUGCCAAGAAGAGAGCAGAACUUUCAGAGAGGCUGCGUACCCCCCGAUUCACGGAAGACAUGGGAUCCUAUUUCCACUCUCAGUGGGGUGACGUCGUCUCCCUCUACGCAAACUGCGCUCUCACCAAAGAGUCAGACAGACUCAUCGCCAUGUCUGGCAUCGCCAAAACAUUCCAAGAGGCCAACAACGACAAAUACUUGGCCGGUCUGUGGAAGAGAAUGAUCCAUGUCGAUCUUACGUGGACGACGAACGCAAGCGAUGGUGCCGAGGUUCAGCGCAGUGAGUCGUAUGCUCCGACUUGGAGCUGGGCUUCGGUCGUCGGGGGACAUAAGAGACUUUCUAUGUUGCACGAGAAGUACAGCCGCCUCCCCGAGCACCUUAUAAAGCUCCUCGACGAACGGAUCGUAACGGAGCCUCCGGGAGGUGAUCCUACGGGGCUCCUCCGCUCAGCCGAGCUCGACAUUAAGUGCAUGCUGUAUUAUUAUCGAUGGAUAACAGAGUCGAGCAAGUUUGCUGUGUACACAGAUGAAGCGAGGACGCAGUGCUAUUUCGAAAAGGAGAAGAAAGCCCAAGACCUUCGCCUCGACACGACGGAUCUGGUGCGAAAGUUUGCAGAGUCGGACAAGAUGGAAGGCGUGUGCGUACCCCUAUGCGGAGCCUACCAAGGAUACGGAGGGGGUACCAACGUGUAUCUCAUGCUGGAGCAUGAUUCAGGGGCCAGGUUCAGACGUAUUGGAGUUUUCCGAGCGGGAGAAAUUGGUAAAUGGAUCAGCGGAUGGUCCGGUCAAGGCACGCGCAUUACACUUGUGUAG